AUGUCGCCGCCGCUGAACUUCCCGUUAAGUCCGCUAUCUCAACUCACUGUAUCCAACUGGGUCGACGAGGUGCUUCAGAGUAGUAGCAGUGGUAGUUACAACUCUCCGACUUCGCUAGCGAGUUGCUGCACACCACAGAGACCGAGUUUCAUUAGAAGCGUCAGUAGUCAUUCCGUUGAAAAUAAUGAGCUUCAUUGUGGUUUUGCUUCUAACCUUUACGACCUCAUCGACUAUGAUUCUGGUCCGCUGAUGAAAGUAUUCAGCACCGGUGAUAUGCACCAGCAGUGUGGUAGGACUUGGAGGGCAGAGAGUCCACUGUUGAAUGAGAGUAAUGCCAUCAUUGAAGGAAUGAGCAGAGCCUGCCGCUACAGUCCCCAGGAAAAGAAACAGAGGAUUCAAAGAUAUCGAUUCAAAAGAAAUCUCCGCAACUUCAACAAGAAAAUUAAGUAUGCAUGCAGGAAAACAUUAGCAGACAGCAGGCCACGCAUCCGAGGACGGUUCAUUAGAAAUAAAGAAAUUCAAAACAAUCCUCAAGUUGAAGAUGAAGAAGAUGAGAUGAACUGGAUUAGCUUUCUAGAUAUCCACUCCCAGCAGCUGCUUUUUAAUCCUUAA